GUCGAAACCGGAGUGGCAGAGCCUUGAGCCGGUAUUAGAUCUCUCGGAUAGACUCCUGACGGACACCCCAUGAAUGGAAAUCAGUACUACAGGAGCAGUCGGGGCUCAGCCCCUGUUUACCAUACCGCGGAGGCCUGGCUAUGGCACCAUGGGAAAGGCCAUCAAGCUGCUGGCCAACUGCUUCCAGGUGGACAUCCCCAAGAUCGAUGUCUACCUGUACGAGGUGGAUAUCAAGCCUGACAAGUGCCCGCGGAGAGUCAACAGGGAGGUGGUGGACUCCAUGGUGCAGCAUUUCAAAGUGACCAUCUUUGGGGACCGCAGACCUGUCUAUGAUGGCAAGAGGAGUCUUUACACUGCUCAUCCUCUACCAGUGGCCGCUGCCGGGGUGGAUUUGGACGUGACGUUACCAGGCGAGGGGGGAAAAGACCGCCCCUUUAAAGUCUCCAUGAAGUUUCUGUCCCUGGUCAGCUGGCACAUGCUACAUGAAGUGCUGACUGGGCGGAGUGUGCCUGACCCCCUGCAGCUGGAUAAGCCAAUCAACACCAACCCUGUUCACGCCGUGGACGUAGUCCUGCGCCACCUGCCCUCCAUGAGGUACACGCCAGUGGGUCGGUCCUUUUUCUCCUCGCCGGAAGGAUACGACCAUCCGCUGGGCGGUGGCAGGGAGGUAUGGUUUGGAUUCCACCAAUCAGUGCGGCCUGCCAUGUGGAAGAUGAUGCUUAACAUUGAUGUGUCAGCCACUGCGUUCUACAAGGCCCAGCCCGUGAUCCAGUUCAUGUGUGAGGUUCUGGACAUCCACAACAUCGACGAGCAGCCUCGUCCACUCACCGACUCCCACCGAGUCAAAUUCACCAAAGAGAUUAAAGGUCUGAAGGUGGAGGUGACACACUGCGGCACGAUGCGGAGGAAGUACAGAGUGUGUAACGUCACACGCCGGCCUGCCAGCCACCAAACGUUCCCCUUACAGCUGGAGAAUGGGCAGACAGUGGAGCGGACGGUGGCUCAGUACUUUAGAGAGAAGUACAGUCUUCAGCUGAAGUAUCCCCAUUUGCCAUGCCUGCAGGUGGGCCAGGAACAGAAACACACCUACCUGCCUCUGGAGGUGUGUAACAUAGUGCCCGGCCAGCGAUGCAUUAAAAAACUGACGGAUAACCAGACUUCCACCAUGAUCAAAGCCACUGCACGCUCUGCCCCAGACAGACAAGAGGAGAUCAGCAGACUGGUGCGCAGUGCUAACUACGACGCGGACCCGUUCGUGCAGGAGUUCCAGUUCCGUGUGCGUGACGAGAUGGCGGAGGUGACGGGGCGGGUCUUGCCGGCGCCCAUGCUACAGUAUGGCGGGCGGAACCGUACGGUUGCCACCCCGAGUCAUGGCGUGUGGGACAUGAGAGGGAAACAGUUCCACACCGGAGUGGAGAUCAAAGUGUGGGCCAUUGCCUGUUUCGCCACACAGAGACAGUGCAGAGAAGAAAUGCUUAAGAGCUUUACUGAUCAGUUGCGUAAGAUCUCAAAGGAUGCGGGAAUGCCCAUUCAAGGUCAGCCGUGUUUCUGUAAAUAUGCCCAGGGUGCGGACAGUGUGGAGCCCAUGUUCAGACACCUGAAGAACACCUACAACGGCCUACAGCUCAUCAUCGUCAUCCUUCCCGGGAAGACUCCUGUCUACGCGGAGGUGAAGCGUGUUGGCGACACCCUACUGGGCAUGGCCACACAGUGUGUUCAGGUGAAGAACGUGGUGAAGACAUCGCCUCAAACCCUCUCCAAUCUCUGCCUCAAAAUUAAUGUGAAACUAGGCGGCAUCAAUAAUAUUCUGGUCCCACACCAGCGUCCGUCUGUUUUCCAGCAGCCUGUAAUUUUCCUGGGUGCUGAUGUCACGCAUCCUCCUGCUGGAGAUGGAAAGAAGCCAUCCAUCGCUGCGGUGGUGGGCAGUAUGGAUGCCCAUCCCAGUAGGUACUGUGCCACAGUGAGGGUGCAGAGGCCCAGACAGGAGGUCAUUCAGGAUCUGGCCUCCAUGGUGCGGGAACUCCUCAUCCAGUUCUACAAAUCCACACGAUACAAACCCACCAGGAUUAUCUUCUACAGGGACGGCGUGUCUGAGGGACAGUUCAGACAGGUGCUGUAUUAUGAGCUGUUGGCCAUCCGUGAGGCCUGUAUCAGUCUGGAGAAGGAGUACCAGCCAGGCAUCACCUACAUCGUUGUGCAGAAACGCCAUCACACGCGCCUCUUCUGUGCCGACCGCAAUGAAAGAGUUGGACGGAGUGGAAACAUUCCUGCCGGCACCACAGUGGAUACAGAUAUCACACACCCGUAUGAGUUUGACUUUUAUCUCUGCAGUCACGCGGGCAUCCAGGGUACGAGCAGACCCUCUCACUACCAUGUUCUGUGGGACGACAACUGUUUCACGGCCGACGAGUUCCAGCUGCUGACCUACCAGCUGUGCCACACCUACGUCCGCUGCACCCGCUCCGUCUCCAUCCCAGCCCCCGCUUACUACGCCCACCUGGUGGCCUUCCGCGCUCGUUACCACCUGGUGGAUAAGGAACACGACAGUGCGGAGGGGAGCCAUGUGUCUGGACAGAGUAACGGCCGUGACCCUCAGGCUUUGGCCAAGGCUGUGCAGAUCCACCACGACACACGGAGGACUAUGUACUUUGCCUAGCUCCGCCUCCUCAGCUGAUUGAGACCUGUCACUCAUCCAUCACCAUGCACUGUGCUGGAGAAGGCUCUGUGCCUGCUGAAAACUGAUUAAGACAUGCCAAGCUGCUAUAAACAAAAAAAAAAGAGAGAAACAAUCACAAGAGGAAAACAGCAGGGGGUGCUCAAACACUGUUAUG